GCACACAAUAUCCAUUCCACCUUGGUCCAUCAGCAGCGAGCGAACAGGCAAAAAGGAAAGGCCGAGAAGCGCUUUAUCCGGCCGUACGUAGCGAUAAGAGUGGUGCACCCGUAGCGGCACGGCAUGGCGGCCACGGCGUACUCCGUGGCGCUCCUCGGCGGCGCACGCCUGCCGGCCGCCUUCCUCCCUCGACGCAGCAGCGUGUGCCACCACCAGCUUCGCCUCCAAGACGCACCGAGGCUGAUCUCCCUGCACCGUGCCAGGGCCGCUUCCGAGGACACGUCGGCCUCCGGCGGCGACGAGCUCAUCGAAGACCUCAAGGCAAAGUGGGACGCCGUUGAGGACAAGCCCACCGUCCUCCUGUACGGCGGCGGCGCCGUCGUCGCGCUAUGGUUGACGUCCGUUGUCGUCGGCGCCAUCAACGCCGUGCCGCUGCUCCCCAAGAUCCUGGAGCUCGUUGGCCUCGGCUACACCGGCUGGUUCGUCUACCGCUACCUCCUCUUCAAGCAAAGCAGGAAAGAGCUGGUCGACGACAUUGAGACCCUCAAGAAAAAGAUUGCUGGAACGGCGGAAUAAGCGCUAGCUCUCGUGGAAAGCUUUAGAAAACCAACGACGAGAGGGGCCGUUUCUUCUUUGCAAAUUAAGAUAUCAAACCGAGGAACGUACCAAUGCAGCUACUGUCGCCCAUGUCAUGUGUUGUGUGAUGCAUACCCUUACCUUCUGUAUACAUAACGAAAUUAAAGAGAGGACAGCAUUUUGCCUUGCC